AUGUCCCAAAACCGAGAUUCCUCGUCAGAAGACUCAUCCAGCUCUACCGCAGCCAACAACCCGCGGGCGCGGUACGGCGCGAGCAGCUACUCGCCUCCCAAGACGCCUAGGCCUACCUUCCUAAGACGUCUACCUGACUCCCCCGCAUCCUCCUACCGCUCGGCCAGGCCUACGAUUCCGCCAAUCGAUAAAUGGACGGUGUCGAGUCUGAGGCAGGCCCUGUCCAAAAAUGACGUCACAUCCUCAAGCAAGUUGAAUAAAUCUGAACUUUACGACUUGUAUACAAAAUCUCUAAAUAAUAACAUUUCUCCUCAGUCAACCCCUAUACCAAAGAAAGGAAAAAAGAAAGGAGUACCUCAAAAUUCGCCUCAAAACACUCCACCAUCCUCCGCCGCUAGGCCUAGCUCCCAGCGGCUAUCAAGCCAUAGCAAGAGGCCUUCAGCAAGCCUGGGCCGCACCCCGAUUCCGACCGCAGGGGUGCCUGCUAUGUCAGCUGGAGCCCAGCCUCCCACCACGGCUCCAAUCCCAACAGCACAGGGCGCUGAAGCUCAAGGAGGCUCCUGGCUGCCUCCUCCACCCAUCUCAGCCCCAUCGUACGGAACUUUUAAUACCGACACCGCAGCCCAGGCAAGCGCUUGGCCGAACAGUUCACCAAAUACAGCGCCGCCUCCCGCUUCCUCCAGCUUCUGGCCUGAGGCCCAAGCUAGCGCUUGGUCGAACUGGCUGUCACAUAAUGCCCCACCUCCCGCACCGCCGAGCUCCGAGCCCGCCGCUCACGCUAACGUUUGGCCAAACUGA